AAAAUUAUGUUUGUAAUAUGACCGUUACAAAACCUCAAUUUUAAAUCUACGCAUAAGCAUUACCUUUCAAAGACUCGAAAGAGAUCUUACACUCACCAGCCACCAUGAGAGACGAAGAACAGCAGCUCGAAACUGCAGAAGAGCUGAUGCAACAGCUGAGAUCAAAAGCUACCGAGCUCCUCCUCAGAGAAGAAUGGGAACAGUCCGUACAAGUCUACUCUCACUUCAUCAAUCUCUGCCAACAACAAAUCGUAAAAGCAACCCAUGAUUCAGCUCAACUUUCCAAACUCAAUAAAUCCCUCUGUUUAGCUUUCUCCAACAGAGCCGAGGCACGGUCGAGGUUGCGAGAUUUCAAUGAAGCACUGGUAGAUUGUGAAGAAGCAUUGAAAAUAGAGACUACCCAUUUCAAGGCUCUGCUCUGCAAAGGUAAAAUAUUGCUUAGUUUGAAUAGAUACUCCAUGGCUUUGGAUUGCUUUAGAGCCACUCUAAUGGAGGCCCACGCUAGUGGAAAUCUUGAAUCUGUUAAUGGAUUUUUGGAGAAAUGCAAGAAGCUUGAAUAUCAAUCAAGAACGGGUGCUUUUGAUCUCUCAAAUUGGAUCUUAAAUGGGUUUCAUGGAAAAUCUCCGGAAUUGGCUGAAUACAUUGGUCCUGUGAGGAUAAAGAAAUCCGAGAUUAGUGGACGAGGCCUCUUUGUGACAAAGAAUAUUGAUGCUGGGACUUUGGUUUUAGUCACUAAAGCCAUAGCCACUGAGAGAGGUAUAUUGUCCGAUGAAGAUUCAAGUGAGAAGGUGCAACUUGUUAUGUGGAAGAAUUUCAUUGAUAAAGUUAAGGAACGUAUUUCAAAAAGUCAAAGGACUCACCACUUGAUUAGUACAUUAUCUAGUGGUGAAAAUGAGGAUGAGCUAGAUGUUCCUGAUACCUGUCUGUUUAAACCUGAGACAGAAGAGAGUAGCCACUCAACUCAGGAGAUUGAUAUGGGUAGGAUUUUGAGCAUUUUGGAUGUGAAUUCUCUUGUGGAGAAUGCAGUUUCGGCAAAAGUUUUGGGGAAGAACAGAGGUCUUUAUGGUGUUGGGUUAUGGAUUCUAGCUUCAUUCAUAAACCAUUCUUGUAGUGGUAAUGCAAGGCGCACACAUGUGGGUGACAAUAUCAUAGUUCAUGUUUCUAGGGAUGUGAAGGCAGGUGAAGAGAUCACAUUUGCGUAUUUUGACACGCUUGUACCACUGGAGAAACGUAAGGAAAUGUCCCAGUCUUGGGGGUUUAAUUGCUGUUGUAAGAGGUGCAAGUUUGAGGAAGGAAUGAGUUCAAAGUCAAAGCAAGAGUUGAGGGAGAUCGAAAUGGGAGUUGAAAGAGGAAUGGAUGUAGGAAGUGCAGUUUAUAGAAUGGAGGAGAAUGUGAAAAGAUGGAUAGUAAGAGGGAAAGAGAAAGGGUAUUUGAGGGCAUCAUUCUGGAAAGCAUAUAGUGAGACAUAUGGAACGGAGAGGUUGAUGAAGAGGUGGGGAAGACGAAUUCCAGCAGUGGAAGUUGCGGUAGAUAGUGUUGCUGAAACUGUGGGUAGUGAUGAGAGGUUGUUGAAGGUUUUGAAGACAAAUGGUAGUGGAAUGGUUUUGAAGACAAAUGGUAGUGGAAUGGUUGAGAUGGAGAGAGCAACCAAGUUAGCAAAGGGUGUGUAUGGAAAGUUGGUGAAAAAGCAAGCAUUGAGAUCUCUUCUUGAGAUGGACAUUUGUUAACGUUUGUUUACUUGUGAGCUCUUUUUCAUUCAUCUUGUACACAAUUUUGUGACCAACAACAAUAAUUUGCUCUCUCAAAUGUGUAAAUUGAUUCCGCAUUGUUAGGGCUGGUUAUAUCCUUCUUUCUCUUUUUUGAUUCUACUAACUAGUAGAGUAACUUUGUCUUCUCUUCUAUCAAGAGAUCGACAAACCA